AUCGCAGCGGCGGGACGGGAUGAGUAGUUCUGAAAGGCACCUGGCGGAAGCCUCUGAAUGUUCUGUUUGCUGGGAGUUGUAGUCUUGCGAAGCUAGAGAAGGUUGAUUGAUGCGGGUGGAAUCAACAUAGGAACUGGCAAAACUCGGGAGUGCUUGGACCAGGAGGAAUGGAUAAAUUAAAGCGAGUUCUCGGUGGGCAGGACGCGGAGGACCCUGGACCUUUGGCAGAAAUAGCUGAUGCAACUUCCUUAAGCUGGAGUACCAGAUUGAAGGCCUUCAUAGCUUGUUUUAUAAUAGGAGUUGUGUGUUCUGUUAUGGGUUCAUUUCUGCUAUGGGUUCCCAAGAAAGGACCUAUCUUGUUUGGAGUAUUUUACACCCUGGGGAAUAUCUCCUCCCUUGGAAGUACCGUCUUUCUUAUGGGACCAAUGAAACAAUUAAAAAGAAUGUUUGAACCCACUCGUUUGAUAGCUACAAUUCUUAUGCUUUUAUGCCUCAUAUUAACUCUAUGUGCAGCUUUCUGGUGGCAUAAUAAGGGGCUUACUAUCCUCUUUUGCAUUUUACAAUUCUUUGCCUUGGCAUGGUACAGCAUUUCCUACAUACCAUUCGCAAGGGAUGCUGUGAAAAAAUGUUUUGCUGCAUGCCUCACAUAACAGGUUAAGGUGGCUAUCUUCUUACACUGAGGACUACAACACCUGCACAACCAAAUGAUUCUUGAAACAGCACACACCUGCCUAAGAACAAAGCAUUAACGUGUUAACACAUUAAUCAGAAGACAAAGAUACCAUAUAUUCUUUUGAAGAUAACACAUUUUAUGAAAAUUUCAAGAUAAAUUAUGUCUCGUCUUCACUUGCAAAUCUAAUACUUAAUGUGUGCCACAAAUAACUUUUCUUCAGAUGAUUUUAUUUUGGAAAUAAAAUGGAUAUUCUAGUAAUUGUGAAAGGGAUGGGAUGACAUUUUACUACUUUUUAUCAAGAGGUUUCUAUCAAAAAGUCCUUAGGACAGAUUGCAUUUUGGAAAACAUUAGCUAAGCAUGUAGUGAAUUUUUCUCCAUAACAUUCUUUUAGUUACUUGCUAUCAAAAUACCAUUUCUAAAUGUCUCUUUAGUUUUUAAAAAUCUGAUUGCAAAUUAUUAUUAGAGAAGUUCCUGGAAUUUGUUGUCUAAUAGGACAGCAAGUACAAUUCCUUUCUUUAAAGUACUUGAAUUAGUGUCUGAUAAGCAAGAUAAUCUGGAGAAAAGUGGGAGUUAUAAAAAUAGAUAAAUUGAUUUCUCCAAGCAUUUCUAUUUAUGGACUUUUACACAUGUGGCCUUGAAACGAAAUAAAAUCUAGACUUCUGCCUUUAUUGCUAACUUAUAUUCUGAAAAAUUUUCAUCUCUCCUUGAUGCCAUUGCAGUGCCUCUCUCAUUUGUCUUUUCAUGUUGAACAGAUAUGACUUGUAUAACUCAAAAGUGUACCAUAUUCUAAUUGGGGAGACAAACAUCUCAGAUUUUGAGUGUCUUCUUUUCUCAUCCUAUCUUUCCCCCCCAAUAUUUGGUUGUAUGAUCACUCUGUAUAAUCAUAUUAUGUUUCAUGCUUUGAUUUCCCAACAGGAUAGUAUCCUGGGAUUAUUUAAACUGCCAGAUGCUGGCAUAUUGACAAUUUUUGCUGCAUUCCUUUUUUUCUCCUUUUUGCAUUGGCGUAUUCCUUGGUUAUUUCUCAUAAGAAGUAAAAAUAGUAUGUGUACAUGUUAAGAAUUAUUUGAUAGUUUUUGCAGUUGGUUAUCUUGAUGCUGUGCUAUGCUUAUUUUUUAAAAAAAUCCAAUAAUUUUGCCUUUGGUGGAAUUUAUGAACUGUAAUCAUUCAUUGCCCAAAGAAAAACAAUUUACUAUCUAUGUUCAUUAUACUUCCUGUUCUGCUCUCUUUCGUCUUUUGAAAGAGACUAAUACAGGUUAUCAGAACACAGAAAUUUCCAAGUGAGAAGUAGCCACAUUAAUUCUGUUUUUGUACACAAUGGAAUCAAUGUUUGUAUCGGUCUAACUAGUUUAGUAUAGCUCUAUAAUUGUAUUGUGCUGCUUACCAAGCAAGCAUAUUUGUAGAUUUGUAAGCUUGAUAUUUGUGAAAUAAUUCACUUUUAUUAUAACUUUUAUUAUGAAUGAAGCACAAAAUUUUAUACACUGAUUGUAAAUGAAUACAGGUCAGACAAUUCUAAGUAAUGUAUUAAAAUUAGGUCUACUAGACCUCAGUUUUAAGAAAUGAACAGAUAUGAUUCUUUCCUACAUCUGCUUUUUGUGGGAGCAUUUAAUAUUAUCACUGCUUACAAUGUAAAACUAUCCACAUCUGUACAUUAUAAAUUUUGAAUAUAUUCUAUAGAUAUUUAAGUAUAUAUAUUUAAUAGGUUUUUAUAGUGAAGCAAUGUGUAAUUCUUAGUGAUAGUGAUAGUGGUAGACUGUUGAGACACAAGGAGGAAGAUUGGGGACAACAUUCUAAAAGAUACAAGUCUCUUGUUUCGGUGGUAAAUUGUGGUGAACAAUUUAACACUAAGUUUCAUAUAUUCUGUCUUGAUUUUUAGGGUCACUUGAAUAUAAUGUGAUAAAUUAUUGUAUAAACUUAAAGGAUUUGAUGAAGCUUCCUUGAUUCCCCCCUCCCAGGAUUUUCUAACUGUGUAUUCUUUUUUUUGAAUACCAGCUGAGAUCAUCUUUCCAUUUUCCUUCUUAAUGUCUUCAGAUAAUUUAAUUUAACGUAACAUGUAUUGCUGUUACUGAUGUGCAAUGCAUCUUAUGUCUAUUUCUGUUAGAAUAACAGAAGGAUAGUAAUAGAAAUGCUGGAAAAUGCAAACAUCCACAAUAAGAAAUUUAUUACUUUAUGAAAACUACUGGAUUGAAUCCCACUGAGACAUACAGCUAUCAGUUCCUGCCUUUACAUCUUGGUGCUUCGUAUUUGCCUUCUCCAACUUGAGGGUCUCCAAGCUGAAACAAAAUCCCCUAACUUCCUAAUCAGCAUGAAGUCCUCAUGGAGCUGUCAGACUGGGAAACAGUGCUUAAGAAGGGUAGCAAAUGAGAAACAAAGCCCUUUAAGUAUAUUUUGUCCAGCCGUUAAAUCUUUGAAGAAACAAUUGUACAAUAUGUCUGUCUGAAGUAGGAGGCUUAUUUUGGGGAGAGACUAAGAUAAUUCCAGUUGCUAGGGCUAGGCCAAUAGUAAGAUCUUGCAUUUUAAGACAAAUAAAUGCUCUAUCUUGUCUGACACUUGAAUUGUUACAGUACAUAUCCAACACUAAUUGAAUUCUUAAAUUCAAUUUGAAUAACUUCCAAUUUUUGACCUCGCUGAAUUCUUGUUAGGUAUAUUUUUAUAUAUGUUUAAUAUAAUAUUAUUAAAGAUAUUGAAUGUCUUGUAAGAAUGUCAUCUCUUAGUUAUUGCUUUUCCCUGCUAAAUAUGCAUUAAGGGAACAAAGGCAUUAUUGUCUUGAUAGGGUUAUAUGGCCUUUUAAUAACUUUCUCUCUAAGCCAAUGUUCAGCCUUUAUGUUCUAGUAAAUGUAGAAUAAGAUAGCUUUUCUUGUAAUUUUUCCCACUCCCUCAUAUUGUCAAUAUGUUAAAUCACUUAUCUUUGUGCAUUAUUACUGUACUCUUAUGAUAAACUCUGCCUUAAUUGCAAGUGUGCUAGUUUCAUCCUCUAAAGUAUUUCCACAGCUAAAUAUAAGUAACGUGAUAUGUUUGAGAUAUCUAUUUAUUUGAGGGGGCAUGGAAAAUGAAGUGCCUACCUCUAUAUUCUGACCCAGUCAUGUUAGCAGGGUUUCCAUAAUAGAGUUGUGCAAAGUGUUCAAAAGAGUUACUUACUUUUGAAGAGUAGAGUGCAGAAGAGUCCAAAUGAAUCACCCCUCUUCAAACUAUUAAAUCAGUUUGCGCAAAGCUUAAAGACAGAACUUAAAAACCUCUUUGGCUUGAAGCAGUCAUACAAGGCUUGUUAAAGAUACAGCUACUUUAAUAAGCCAAAGGUUCUUCUUUGGUGUAACAGCAGGCAAAACACAUCUCUGUUGAAUGUUUUCCAGAACCCUUGUAAUAAGCUAUUGAUUUUUUUGUUUGAAAAAACAUUCCAUUUUUGUAUACUGGCUUUUCUCUGUGCUGGAAAUUUUGUUUGCCUUAGAAGAAAAUAUCGUUUGAAAGAAACUCUUUUUCAGUACCAUAUCUCCUGUAAUAAAAGUGUUUUCACAAUG